CUCCCGCCUCUCCGUGAACGCGGGCUCCGUGCGCGCCCCCGACACAAGGCGAAUGCGGUAGCCUACGAAAAAACAAGCGAGCGGCGCCUGAGACACAGGAGGGGCGCAGUUUACCUCCAGCUAGCAACAUCUCAAUUUUGAACGCACUUUUCACGCCCUGCUGGCUUUUGGUUACUGCCGGAGAGUGCUGUGGAUAUUCGCGGACAGAGACAAUAGGAUGCAGUGGAGACUCGGCUGUUGACUGGUGUGCAGGCUCUCCAUUUCUGUCGUCCUUAGGGGGCCCGAUUCCUGUGGUCCCCACUUUAUCUGAGAUUGUGUCGGGACUACACUAACUGAUGCUAUAGGAGUACAGGGAUCACCCUUGCUCGCGUUGCUCGGAUCUGCACAGCUCAUCUCCUGACUGAGGAGGCCACGGCAGCUGCACCAUCUACUACGAAGUGUUCCCUCCUUGCCCCGCCCACGCCGUCCUAUCACCAUGGUGCUUUCACAACGGCAACGAGAUGAACUAAAUCGAGCCAUAGCUGAUUAUCUGCGUUCCAAUGGAUAUGAAGGCGCGUAUUCUACUUUCAAGAAGGAGGCAGAAUUAGACAUGAAUGAAGAAUUGGACAAGAAGUAUGCCGGCCUUUUGGAAAAAAAAUGGACUUCGGUUAUCAGAUUACAAAAGAAGGUUAUGGAACUUGAAUCUAAACUGAACGAAGCAAAGGAGGAAAUCACCCUGGGUGGACCAGUUAGUCAAAAGCGAGACCCCAAAGAGUGGGUCCCACGCCCUCCAGAAAGGUAUGCGCUGAGUGGUCAUCGAAGUCCCGUUACCAGAGUCAUCUUCCACCCAGUCUUCAGUGUGAUGGUGUCCGCUUCAGAGGAUGCUACAAUAAAGGUGUGGGACUAUGAGACCGGAGACUUUGAACGCACACUAAAGGGCCACACAGAUUCUGUGCAGGACAUCUCUUUUGACCAGACUGGAAAACUGCUUGCAUCCUGUUCUGCAGACAUGACUAUCAAGCUGUGGGAUUUCCAAGGCUUUGAGUGCAUCAGGACUAUGCAUGGACAUGACCACAACGUAUCAUCUGUAGCCAUUAUGCCCAAUGGAGAUCACAUAAUUUCUGCCUCAAGGGACAAAACCAUGAAGAUGUGGGAGGUGGCAACUGGUUACUGUGUGAAGACUUUCACUGGCCACAGGGAGUGGGUCCGCAUGGUGCGACCCAACCAGGAUGGCACUUUGGUUGCCAGCUGCUCCAAUGAUCAGACUGUGCGCGUGUGGGUUGUGGCCAACAAAGAGUGCAAAGCUGAACUGCGGGAGCAUGAGCAUGUGGUGGAGUGCAUCUCCUGGGCGCCAGAGAGUGCUUACCCCACCAUACAAGAUGCCACAGGUUCUGAGAGCAAGAAGAGUGGUAAGCCAGGCCCUUUCCUCCUGUCUGGCUCAAGAGACAAAACCAUCAAGUUGUGGGAUGUUAGCAUAGGCAUGUGCCUUAUGACACUGGUCGGGCAUGACAACUGGGUGCGUGGCCUCCUUUUCCACCCGGGAGGCAAGUUUAUUGUGACCUGUGCAGAUGACAAAACCUUAAGGAUCUGGGACUACAAGAACAAGCGCUGCAUGAAAACCCUGAGUGCCCAUGAACACUUUGUUACCUCUUUGGAUUUCCACAAAGCUGCUCCUUAUGUUGUCACUGGGAGUGUAGAUCAGACAGUAAAAGUGUGGGAGUGCCGCUGAAUAGGACCUCCUAAGAUUGGACCAGCACCCGACGACCCAGAUGGUCUUCUGGAUCCUGUCUCCCCCCCCACCCCCUCCCUCACCUUGUCAUUCCACCUCCCCCGUCACCUAAGCUAAAUGUCACCCGCACAUCUUCAUCUCCUUCGGCUGCACUUGCCACCAUGGUUACUUACCCAUUGCGCUCUCUGGUCUUUAUAACCUCUGCCCCUCAAUGUAAAUUAUUCCUGGAUGUAGAUCAAGCUAUUAAAUGUUACACAAAAAAAGUAUUCUUGCAUGGUAAUCAAAACUUGUAUACUGUAAAUUUGCAUAAUGUCUAGAAGUACCAUAGGUUUAACACAGGGCUGGCCGUCUGUCACGCAGCCUUACUGACCAACCGAAGGCAGAUGUUUUUUGAUGUAGGGCACUAAAAAAAAAUAAUUUAAGAAAUGAGUGUCUUUACGUGUAAGAUUAUUUUUGUCCGUUUUUUUUUUUUUUUUUUUUUUUUUUUAUAUAUAAGAACUAUUUCUUUCUCUAUCUCCUUUGCUGUCUUAGUCUGAUCGUGCCUAGCUUGGUACAAAACCUUUGAGCGAUCAGGCAAAAAAAGCAUAUACGUUAAGACCGUGUCGGCCUUUAUCAAAAUAAUCUGUAGCUUUAUACCAUCACUUCUCAAGUGUGCAUACCAUUUCUCUUCACGUGGAGCUUGCUCAUAUUUUAAUGGUUGUAUAUACCAAUGUUUCAAACUGUUGUCCUUGGACCUCGGGGGGAUAAACCGCAGCUUUGUACUCCUGUCAUGGUGGCACAUGAACAAAAUAUUCAGCUAGUGGUGAAAUGUCCCAUUGCAAUUUGUGAAUAGCAGCGCUGAGCUAUUGGCUGAAGUUUGGUGGAGGCUGUUGGUGUGCGCGCCUGAGUGGAGAUCAGGGAUUACACAAUUUCUAAUCUUGAGCACUUGAUAAAGACGCUGGCUGUCUCCUUUGGGAGAUCGUUUCCUCUGACCUUCCCUUUGUCCUCAACUCCCAACCAUUUAGCCCUGCUAGGGUAUUUGUGUAAUAUAGGAAGGAUGUAUAGACUAAAGAUACUUAGUUGGCGCCUUUAAUGACUACAAACAUGAACCUUCUUAUACAAAACGUGGAAAAGAAAAAGCAUGACGAGUCAACGUGCGCCCCUGGGUUUGAUGCCUGGGAUGUGCAAAGGUAUAUUAAUUUCUGAGAGGUGAAAAAUAAGUUCAGCUCUAAAAAUAGUUGAUCGGUUUUCUGUGAAAAUAUGAACUGUAAAUUUAGCUAGUUAAGCCAUUUGGCAGUUUUGUAAUGUUGCAGUAAAAGAUGAGCUGGAGAGAAUUGGGGGUAGUUUUGGACUAGUGAAAAAAUGGUAGCAGCAGACAUGCUAAGUGUUCUGCUUCAUACAGUAUGUGCUCUGUAAUAUGAGCAUCUCUACUGACAAACCCCACGGACAACUUGACGUGUUUUUGAGUGGCAUUCUCACGUUUAACUUGAACUGGGAAGAACUUCAGAUAGAAUGGGAUUUGAAAAAAAUAUCUAAAACCAACCAUUCCUUUGGCAUUGUAGGAAAUGAUAUGAAACAUCUUAUCGCCAGAAAGGUGGUGGUUCAUUAAUCUUGCACACACCCCCGUUUCCAUGAAAUCUUUGUUCCUUUAAGAUGAUCAGACAAAUUACUGAUGUUGAUAAUUGCAUUAAAAACCUAUAAUUUUCCAAUGCAGUUAUUGGCUAAUAAAGAAUUCCAUUGCUUCAAUAAACUCAUUAGCUUCUUUGCUGCAUUUUUCUUUUAACGUGUUUACUGGAUGUGGUGCUCUGCUGCUGAAGCUCCUGCUCGCGGUCUAAAAUGUGACCUGUUAAUAUAUAGCGCUACUGCAUGGUAACCUACACCAGAGGCUGAGUUCUCUAAACAUAUUUUAAGGAACACAGUGUAACUUGAGAGAGACAGUGGCAUGACCGUUGCGGAGAAAAGGAUGGUUCGGUAUGAUUAGACCGCUCAAUUCCUCUUGUAGGAUGGACUUGACUUCCCCCCCCCCCCCCUUUCCCCCAAAGGGUUUCUAUACAUUCAAGGACACUUUUUAUUUUUUAAAUAAAACUCCCCAAAGGGUUUCUAUACAUUCAAGGACAUUGAGUCAGACCAGGAUGACCGGAAGGAAAAACUUCUUUAAGGAAUGUUACAGCUAUCAGUUUGGUAUCUUUGCCCCACUUUUCCCUGAGUAAGCCUGACUUUCUAGGAGUGCAAACAGUUGAAUUUGGCAUGGUAAUGGCAAAGUAUUGAGUGUUCAAGCUGAUACCAAAAAAUGUCAGUACAAUCUGGUUUAGCCAACAAACCUCAUUUGGUCCAGCAUUCUGACCCAUUUUAGAAAAAUAUGCUCAAACACUCAUGGCCACACUGACAUGUCAGGUCUUAAUAUACAUAUUCGUCCUCCUGUUUUAAAUGAAAGCUGUAAAAUGAAAUGUAUAUAACAUUUUGGGGCUCUCUAAAACAAUGUGGAUUAGAGCUGCCUAUGUUAUAUGCAAGUGCUUUUUUUUUCUUCUCCUCUUCUUCCUCUUUCUCCCCCCCCCCCCCCCCCCCCCCCUCCUUUCCCAAGCAAUCCUUUUGAUCUGGUCUGGUUUAUGAGUGGCCUGACUGAGUUUUUGCUGUAUGUCUGUUAUUUCUGCAUCAAGUCCACCAGUCCUCUCUAACAUGCGUGUGAACCUCAUUGAGGGGUUCAGACUGCACAACAAGCUCUUACAUGAGAGUUUAUGAUGUUUUCACCACUAUGAUCUCACUCUUCACUCGACAAACUGUUAACAAUAUACCUGGAUGUCAUUAUUGUUUGCAAUAUAAUAAAAAAUAAAUCUGCA